AUGGGGUCGGCGCCGUCGUCCGAGAACCAAAAAGCCAUCGUGCGCUAUGCCAAGCGCGACUGCAGCGGCAGCGUCGACUACACCAACGUCAUCUCGACCAUGCCGGAUGGGAGCGUGCUCAGCACGUGCACGGCGGGGUACUACACGGGCAAAGUCACGCCGCCGCCGUCGCAGUACGCGCCCGACACGAUAUACGCGACCAUCUCGAUCCCCGACAUGGGCUCCACCGAAGAGGUCGUCGACGGCAUCUGCGUCGCGGUCUCGCCGUCGGCCGACAUUUAUCUCAAGGCGUCGUGCUCGGCGCAGGACUUUGCCUACUACGGUGACGCCAACUGCACGAACGUCAUUGCGCUCGAUGCAACGGCCGUGAGCAUCGUCUGCGAGACGCCCAACCCGAUCUCGUGGCCGGCCACCUCGACGCUCAUCGGGCAGACGUACGCGCACGCCAACUGCUCGGGCGAGACACUCUACGCAAUCAACGUGGGCAGCGGCGGUAUUCCGUACGACGUAAUCCUGCCCCACCGAGCGUCCAACGGACAGUGCAACGACGGCCAUAUCUACAACACGACCGUGUACCUCGAAACGUUUGGCAUCAACGCGACGUACAUGACGAUCUCGCGGUCGUAUAUGACCGAAGUCGCGCGGGACCAGUCGUGCGUCUUUACAGGCGACAAGUAUCUCAAGGCGUCGUGUGUCAAUGGCACGUUUGCCUACUAUAGCGAUAGCGCGUGCGCUCACCCCGUGGAUGUCCUUGAAGCGGGCGCUGUCUCGACCACGUGCGGUAUCGUCUUCAACAACGUCACGUCGCCCAAGACAACGACACUUGUCGUCACAUCCGGUGGCUCGGGCAGCGCCGUUGCCCUCAUGCUCUUUUGCGUUCUCGUUGGUGGGCUGUUUGUGGGCUACCUUGCGUCGCACCGGCACCAAAUCGUGGCGGCCGACCCGAUGAAGAAGCAACUCAAGGCCGGCAAAAUGAGCAAGUCGGAAGAAGAUAGCGGUGCCACCGAUGAUGUCUAGAGCUUCUUAUAAAGGGACCACAUUUCGUUCCAACUUUAAAGCAUGUGACUUGG